UGUAUGGUAGAGUUGGGGGUAGCGAAAUGUGAAAACGAGCCUGAGGGAGGGAAAGAGGGAAGGAGAGGCUGAAACCUGAACAGCAAACAAUAAUUUUCUCCUGUGAAGGCUGGGAAGGUGCUGGCUUAACAUCUUGUGGAGAGUCUACUGUUUUUUCUUCUUGUUUUCCUCAGUUAGUUGGGAUUGCCUGGUGGUGGUGGUGGUGGUGAAGGCCAUCUGGCAGGGGUGCUUUACCAGGAUUUUAUGCUGUAAGCCUUAGGCCAACUGUGACCACCUGCACGGGAGUUAUUGCUGUGAGAUGUCAGACUGAGCGUCCUGAGUUUGUCCUGUCAGAGCAACACAACAUGAGGGAAGGAGAGAACAACUGUAAAUUCACCUGUCAUUUGUUGAGGAAAUAAGGGUGUGUUUGGUAUAUCAUGGAGUCUGUGAUGAGAUUAAAAAAUUCCCUGAGCAUGCCCAUCAGGAAACUGACCAGCUGCGUGUCGGAGGUGAAGGGGAAGAAGUUGUGCGCCAAACGCAGGAACAAGUGGGGCAUGGGUGGCGGAAGCCGAGGAGGAUGCGCAAAGUUGGGGAAAACACCCCCACCCCGAGCUGCACAUCCCAAAGAUUUAUCUAUCAUUUGCUCAUACCAGACAGAGCUGGAGAAGGAGAGGAAGCUGCGGGAAGCCACGAACGCUCAGAAGAACGCAGAGAGGGCAGCUAUGAGAGCUCACUUCAGGAGAAAAUAUCAGCUCUCUGAGAACCCCAAGGACGCGAACCACCUGAGGUCAGUCGGAGGCAAAGUGUCACUCCCCCACGAGCUAGCAAAGAUAAUUCAUCCUGAAACCGAAACCAAGGACGACGGCUUCAACCUGCUGAGUGCCUUUCAAGGCCUCAGCUUCAGCACAGCAGUGCUCACAGGGAGAAGAAAACGCAGCGGGACGCCCACUCCUACAGCAAAUGGGGCUUCAUGUAAAGUCAUGUAAUCAAUGUGUAGCCACAGUGCUGAUUAUUACUUAGUAAAGGGAACAGCAUGGGAGUUUAUGAUUGCUGCUCACAUCUGACUUCUUCAAAUGAACUGAACUCAGACUUCUAUUAUUGUGUGGCUAUCAUAAGUAAAUUUCUUACUUAAAAUGACCAAAGAUUUGAGGCAAGCUGUAAUUAUGAUCCCCACAUAACUUUGAUGUAUAUGACAGUGAAAUGUGCUUACUAUUUAUAAGCUAUUACAUAUAUACGCAAACAAUUUUAUCCUUAUAAGGUGUUGAAUUAUUGGUCAAUACAUGACCAUGAAAGUAAAAGUUGUAUUAGUGAUCCCUUUAAUGGUUUCCCUCCUUUAAAAUUUUCUGUUUUAGAAAGCUGUUUUAUAAUUACAUUAUAGAUUUAAUGGUGAUAUAAGCUAACAGGGUUUUUUUUUUAAUUAAUAUAAGCUAAGUCACAGCUACUCUAGAGCUGUUGGUGCUCUUUUAAAUGAGAUCCAUCUUGGUGAUCUAUACACAAGUGAGGAACCUCAGGGCAACAUGUUCACAACACAUUCACACAGCAAAUG